AUGGCUUUUGCCUCAAAUCGAGAGAAGGGUCCACGAUUCUAUACAGUUGGUGAUGUAGUAGAAGUACAGGCAAAUGAAACCUUCCCCUGUGAUCUUAUUCUUCUAUCAUCCUGCACUAGUGAUGGAACCUGUUACGUUACUACAGCCAGUCUUGAUGGGGAAUCCAAUUGCAAGACACAUUAUGCAGUACGGGAUACCACUGCCCUAUGUACAGCCGAGUCCAUUGAUACCCUCCGAGCAGCAAUUGAAUGUGAGCAGCCUCAGCCUGACCUCUACAAGUUUGUUGGACGAAUCAAUAUCUACAGUAAUAGUCUUGAGGCGGUUGCCAGGUCUUUGGGACCUGAAAAUCUCUUGUUGAAAGGAGCCACACUAAAAAAUACCAAGAAGAUAUAUGGAGUUGCUGUUUACACUGGGAUGGAAACCAAAAUGGCUUUGAACUACCAAGGAAAAUCUCAGAAGCGUUCUGCUGUUGAAAAAUCUAUUAAUGCCUUCCUGAUUGUGUAUUUAUUUAUCUUACUGACCAAAGCUGCAGUAUGCACUACUCUGAAGUAUGUUUGGCAAAGUAACCCCUAUAACGAUGAACCUUGGUAUAACCAAAAGACUCAGAAAGAGCGGGAAACUUUGAAGGUUUUGAAAAUGUUCACUGACUUCCUGUCAUUUAUGGUUCUAUUCAACUUUAUCAUUCCUGUAUCCAUGUAUGUCACGGUAGAAAUGCAGAAAUUCUUGGGCUCCUUCUUCAUUUCAUGGGAUAAGGACUUUUAUGAUGACGAAAUUAAUGAAGGAGCCCUGGUUAACACAUCAGACCUUAAUGAAGAGCUUGGUCAGGUUAGAAUGUAUUUUAACCUUUGUUUCAUUUUGCCACAAUUUUUGUACCAGUUCUUCUGUGGAUUCUCACAACAGCCACUGUAUGAUGCCGCUUACCUUACAAUGUACAAUAUCUGCUUCACAUCCUUACCCAUCCUGGCCUACAGCCUGCUGGAGCAGCACAUCAACAUUGACACUCUGACCUCAGAUCCCCGAUUGUAUAUGAAAAUUUCUGGCAAUGCCAUGCUACAGUUGGGACCCUUCUUAUAUUGGACAUUUCUAGCUGCAUUUGAAGGGACAGUGUUCUUCUUUGGUACUUACUUUCUUUUUCAGACUUCAUCCCUAGAAGAAAAUGCAAAGGUAUAUGGAAACUGGACUUUUGGAACCAUUGUUUUUACAGUCUUAGUAUUCACUGUAACUCUGAAGCUCGCCUUGGAUACUCGUUUCUGGACAUGGAUAAAUCACUUUGUGAUUUGGGGUUCUUUAGCCUUUUAUGUAUUUUUCUCAUUCUUCUGGGGAGGAAUUAUUUGGCCUUUUCUCAAACAACAGAGAAUGUAUUUCGUAUUUGCUCAAAUGCUGUCUUCUGUAUCUACAUGGUUGGCCAUAGUUCUUCUAAUAUUUAUCAGCCUUUUCCCUGAGAUUCUCCUGAUAGUAUUAAAGAAUGUAAGAAGAAGAAGUGCCAGGAAUCCGAAUCUUGAACUGCCUAUGUUAUUGUCCUACAAGCAUAUUGACAAUGGUUACAGCUAAAAAAGAAAGCAGGAAGAAACAACUACAAAAAGUUAUCAUCUCAGGAUACUCAAUAUGCAACAAAUUAAACCACUCUCAUGUCUAGGGUUCAGAAUCAAUGUCCAUUAAAAUACCAAAUGACUCUCUCAAGCAUUUGCAGUUAUUGUUAAGUAGCCAUUAUGGCCAAAGCUCUAAGUUAUGAAUCAUGUGAAAGUUGAAAGCACCAAUAAUUAGAAUUUCUGGCUUUAGAUAGAAUAAUAUAACUACCCAAUGGGUGCUCCUUUAACCCAUGAACUCUGUGAAUGGAUCUAAAUAUAAUAGUAUAAAGUAGAAGUCAUACAAUGGGAAUGAAUAGACUUUGCUAAUCUUACUUUUUUUGCCUGGCAGAAGAAAUAGGCUGUUUGGAUCACAUUUCUUGUUCCUGCUGAAUGAUCAUCUUAAAUUAUUUUUUUUUCAAAUAUAUGAAAGGAAUACUUGAACAUACAAGAAGACUAAAUGGUUAAUCCUUUCUGUUCACCCACAUGCUAAUUUUGUCUUCAUAGAAUAUCCUUGCCCAAAAAAUACCUUGAACCCUUAUGUGGAAAGAAUGUUCAUCCUGGAUAUUUUUGUGAGAAUCAAAAAAAUGGCUCAUUUUAUUUUUGUUCUUCUGAAUUAAAUCCCACUUGAUGGGUGUGUGGCUACUGGAUUUGAAAAUAAAAACAUUUCCAAUCGCUUAGUAAGUAGCCCGUCAAGAGAAUGAAGAUAAAACAGAUUUUUUCCAAUAUUAGUUUUACUGGGAUCUGAGGUGAGAUAGGCAAAACCAUAGUUACAUAAAAAAUAAAGCCAUCUGAACAUCAAUCUUCUAUAAUUUUUUGUGGAGAGGGGAAAAAUAGCUUAUAACUGUUAAUGGUUAUUUUUUGAAAGAGGCUGUCUUUGUGCAUACAUGCAGCACUUUUUUUUUUUUAACUUGCCAAUUUGGGAAAGAGGGAUCCAUCCCAAGACGGUGGUGAUUCAACCUGCAGAGCUGUGACUCUGAACAUGAAUGUUUUCUCUCUUAGCAAACAUGGUUGGGUGAUGGUCUAACUUUAAACCAUGAGAUUCACCUUGGUAAAGUCCUCAACUUACUGGACUAGAAGGAGGCUUUAGCCUCCUAAUGAGUUCACUUAAAACAUAAACAUAAAUGUGAAAUGUUUUUAUUAAAUGUUAAACACACUUUUUUUGGAUAUAAAUGGCUACAUUUGACUACUAGAUUGAAAUGGGCUCUUAAAAAUGUUUUCAGGGGCGCAUGGCUGGCUCAGUCAGUGAAGCAUGCGUCUCUUGGAUCUUGGGGUCAUGAGUUUGAGCCCCACAGUGGGCAUAGAGAUUCCUUUUUUUAAAAAAAAAAAAAAAGUGUUUUCAUACCAGUUUCCAUUUUUGGUUGUCUUUCUGGCAUGCCUGUACUAUUAUUAGUGUUCAUAUCAUACCUUGAUUUAGAAAAGUAUUGAAUUCAAUCUGUACCAGUGUAUUUAUAUGGUCCACAUGGCACAUUUGAUUCUUCCAUAUAUAUUUUGUGUUAAUGUUCAGGUGUAAUUUUUCUUAAAUUCUAGGAAGGACAUAAUUUCAGAUAUCAGAAACCUAUCCAUCAUUAUGCCCCUUUUUCAUUAUUUCAUUUGUUCUCAUCUAUCAGUAUUAUUUUUGAGUAUUUUGUUAGAUGUCAUUCACAGCUUACCCAAGUGUGCUGUGUUCUGGUCGCCUGUAUUUGAGGUAAUCUACUGAAAACAAAGUCUGUGUAUUCUUUGCCUAUUCCAAAGAGCUAAAAAAAAAAAAAUCAGACCCAGGAAAGCUUUUGAUGUUUUUUGUUGUUCUUGUUCGUGGUAUAGUCGUUCCUGUGUUGUUAUUGUUGUUUCACAUAAGUACUAUAGGGACUGUGAAUACAAAUGAGAGAUCCACAAUAUAGAGAGAGGCUCGUUGAGCACAAACCAUUGGAGAUUGCCAUAAUCAGAACAUCCAGGGCAGUGGAAAUGUAACUGGUGGCAUGUAAAAUUCCUCGCAGCCGGGAAGAAAGGUGACUAAGGGGGAUUUAAAGUCCUGUCUCAGCUACACGUUACACUGUAGCUCAAAUUCACGACGGUGAAAAUCAUGACCUAGAUCCUUGAGAGGGACCUGACUUUCCUUUUUGAAAGAUAUUUUAUUAAUGAGCUAAAAAUUGGCUAGCAUGGGUUAGCAGAUCUAAUCACUCAAAGUAAGCCUUUCCACAGUAUUCCUAGCACUACAACCUAACCACCUUAUUUUGUGACAGAGAAUGGGGAAAAAUGUAAUAAUGGGAUCACAUAUCCAUCAUUUGAACAACUUUGAACUAUCAAGAUGUCCUUGUAAUUUUCACAACUGUUGUCCAUUGUUUGAAGGUGUAACCUACUAAACGUAAAACAUAGAUUCCGUAUCUACAACAUCUACACCAGCAACAGUAUAAAUGUAGGCCUAAAUUUGCAAAAUUCAUAAUAAUUUAGUGAUGGAAUUUUUUAAUAACAUGCAGUAUAUAAAUGUGCAGAUUUUAUGCAAGUGUUAACAAAAUCAUUUUUCAGCUUGCAAAAUGGGACUGCAAAAUUACAUUUUUCAAUUAAGCAAUUUUUUACAUCUAUGUCGUUGCUUUCUAUAAUGACUGUGAAUGCCAUCUUUUAUGAAUGCAACUUGCCUUUUUCAUUACAGAAAUUUUUGUUUGAUGUAUCAAUAAACUUUGGUAUGAUAUGA